CCAGCUGUUGCCUUAAUCCGUAAACUGAUAGCUGUCCUGGAGUCGAUAGAACGUCUACCUCUGCACCUGUACGACACUCCAGGGUCCUCAUACAACCUGCAGAUCUUGACCAGGAGGUUGCGUUUCCGUCUGGAGCGAGCACCCGGUGAGACGGCUCUGAUCGACCGGACGGGACGCAUGUUGAAGAUGGAGCCGCUGGCUACUGUGGAGUCUCUGGAGCAGUACCUGCUGAAGAUGGUGGCGAAGCAGUGGUACGACUUCGAGCGCUCCUCUUUUGUAUUUGUGAGGAAGCUGAGGGAGGGACAGACCUUCACCUUCAGACACCAGCACGACUUCGACGAGAACGGCAUCAUCUACUGGGUCGGAACCAACGCCAAGACCGCCUACGAGUGGGUAAACCCCGCCGCCUACGGCCUGGUGGUGGUGACAUCAUCAGAGGGGCGUAACCUGCCUUACGGGCGCUUGGAGGACAUCCUGAGUCGGGACAGCUCCGCCCUGAACUGCCACACCAACGACGACAAGAACGCCUGGUUCGCCGUCGACCUCGGACUCUGGGUCAUCCCCUCGGCGUACACACUGAGACACGCCAGGGGUUAUGGCCGCUCUGCGUUGAGGAACUGGGUGUUCCAGGUAUCUAAGGACGGUCAGAACUGGACGACUCUCUACACACACGUGGACGACUGCAGCCUGAAUGAACCGGGGUCUACGGCCACGUGGCCUCUGGACCCGUCCAAAGAGGAGAAGCAGGGCUGGAGACACAUCCGGAUCAAACAGAUGGGGAAGAACGCCAGCGGUCAGACUCACUAUCUGUCUCUGUCGGGUCUGGAGCUGUACGGCACGGUGACGGCCGUGUGUGAGGACCAGCUGGGUAAAGCAGUGAAGGAGGCGGAGGCGAACCUUCGGCGUCAGCGCCGUCUGUUCCGCUCUCAGGUGAUGAAGUACAUCGUGCCGGGUGCUCGGGUCGUCCGCGGCAUCGACUGGAAGUGGCGCGACCAGGACGGAAACCCGGCCGGAGAGGGAACGGUCACCGGCGAGGCUCACAACGGCCCCGCCUCCUCCACGGUGGGACCCUCCGCGACCCCGGCGGCCAGCGGCGGCACCACCACCACCUCCUCCUCGUCCUCGUCCACCUCGUCCUCCUCGCAGCAGCAGUCGUGGAGCAGCCUGGUGAAAAAUAACUGUCCCGACAAGGGGGGGGCCACGUCUCUGGGGGGGGCCAGCUCCUCCAGCAGGAAGGGCAGCAGCAGCUCCGUGUGCAGCGUCGCUUCCUCCUCCGACAUCAGCCUGAGCUCGUCGGCCGGGCUGCCAGGGGGGGGGCUGCGGUUAGAGAGGCGGGCCGAGGGGCUGCUGCUGGAUCAGGGCUCCGGGGCGGGAGGCGUCUCGGGAGGCGGGGUCGGCUCUGACGGACAGCAGCAGGAGCCGAUCGUCGUGCUGUCCUCCGCCGUGGAGGGCGGGUCCGGUUCCGCGUCCAGCUCCGGCACGCUCACCGCCGACACGCCCGCCCUCGGCGACGACGCCAGAAACAAGGACUCGUCCACCGACCCGGCGACGGCCAUCUCCAUGGGCCUGGUUAGCGUCAGCUCCCCCGACGUCAGCUCGGUGUCGGAGUCGUCCAGCAAGGACGCGCCUUCCCAGAGGCCUCUCUGCUCCGCCGCCAACGCCCGGCUGUCAGUCAGCUCUCUGCUGGCCGCCGGCGCUCCCAUGAGCUCCAGCGCCAGCGUUCCCAACCUGUCGUCCCGUGAGGCGAGCCUCAUGGAGUCCUUCGUCCGCCGCGCUCCCAACAUGUCGCGCACCAACGCCACGAACAACAUGAACCUGAGCCGCAGCAGCAGCGACAACAACACCAACACGUUGGGCAGGAACGUCAUGAGCACCGCCACUUCUCCUCUCAUGGGCGCUCAGAGCUUUCCUAACCUCACCAGCACUGGCACCACCUCCACCGUUACCAUGUCAACCUCCAUAGUAACCAGCAGCAAUAACGUAGCCACGGCCACCACGGGUCUGUCGGUGGGCCAGUUGCUAAGCAACACCCUGACGACAAGCCUGACGUCCACGUCCAGCGAGAGCGACACGGGCCAGGAGGCUGAGUUCUCUCUCUAUGACUUCCUGGACAGCUGCCGUGCUAACACGCUAUUGGCUGAGCUGGAUGACGAGGAGGAUCUCCCCGAGCCAGACGACGACGACGACGAGAACGAAGACGACAAUCAGGAGGACCAGGAGUACGAGGAGGUCCUGGAGGAAGAGGAGUACGAGACCAAAGGAGGUCGCAGGAGGACGUGGGACGAUGACUUCGUCCUGAAGAGACAGUUCUCUGCUCUGGUUCCUGCCUUCGACCCAAGACCGGGAAGAACCAACGUCCAGCAGACCACCGACCUGGAGAUCCCACCACCAGGAACUCCUCGCUCGGAGGUUCAGGAGGAGGUGGAGUGCGCUCCUUCUCCUCACCUCUCUCUCACCCUGAAGGUUGCAGGACUCGGGACGACCCGCGAGGUUGAGCUUCCUCUGUCCAACUACAGGUCCACCAUCUUCUACUACGUCCAGCGGCUGCUGCAGCUGUCCUGCAGCGGAGCCGUGAAGACCGACAAGCUGAGACGCAUCUGGGAGCCCACCUACACGAUAAUGUACAGAGAGCUGAAGGACUCUGACAAGGAGAAGGAGAGCGGGAAGAUGGACUUCUGUGAGCACAGCAUCGUUGGCGGCGGUCGCUCCGGCGGGUUGAGCCCGAUCUCGAUGUCGGCCAAUCAGAGCAGCGAGAUCCUGGGCGCGGCCCGGGAGGCGGCGCAGGCGAAGGCGGGCUGCAGCCAGAACGCCUGCGGGAUCGAAGACGUGCUGCAGCUGCUCAGGAUCCUCUACAUCAUCGGAGGAGACGGAGCCUAUAACACACGCACGCUGCAAGAGGAUUUCGACGAGCUGCAGUUCAACGCGUCUCCAGAAGAGUUCACCAGUAAGAAAAUCACUACAAAGAUCCUGCAGCAGAUCGAGGAGCCUCUGGCACUGGCCAGCGGAGCGCUGCCCGACUGGUGUGAGCAGCUCACCUCCAAGUGUCCUUUCCUCAUUCCCUUCGAGACCCGACAGCUCUACUUCACCUGCACCGCCUUCGGAGCCUCCAGGGCGAUCGUGUGGCUGCAGAACCGGCGCGAGGCAACGAUGGAGCGCUCGCGUCCGUCCACCACGGUGCGGCGGGACGAUCCUGGUGAGUUCAGGGUCGGUCGGCUCAAACACGAGAGGGUCAAAGUUCCCCGAGGAGAAGCCAUGAUGGAGUGGGCCGAGUCUGUGAUGCAGCUGCACGCAGACAGGAAGUCUGUGCUGGAGGUGGAGUUUCAGGGAGAGGAGGGAACAGGUCUCGGUCCCACUCUGGAGUUUUACGCUCUGGUCGCUGCAGAGUUUCAGAGAACAUCGCUGGGAAUCUGGCUGUGUGACGACGACUUCCCCGAUGAUGAGUCCAGACAGGUGGAUCUGGGUGGAGGUCUGAAGCCUCCGGGCUUCUACGUGCAGCGCUCCUGCGGCCUGUUCCCGGCUCCGUUCCCACAGGACAGCGAGGAGCUUGAACGCAUCACGAAGCUGUUCCACUUCCUGGGCGUCUUCCUGGCUAAGUGUAUCCAGGACAACCGUCUGGUGGACCUGCCGGUGUCUCAGCCCUUCUUCAAGCUGCUCUGCAUGGGAGACAUCAAGUCCAACAUGAGCAAGCUGCUGUACCAGUCCCGUGGACCGGGUCAGGACGAGCGGAGCCAGCUGCAUCCCUUCCUGCUGCUGUCGGAGGUUCAGUCCGAAGCGUCUACGGAGGAGAGUCAGGAGACGUACUCCGUAGGAAGCUUCGAUGAAGACUCCAAGUCUGAGUUCAUCAUGGAUCCUCCCAAACCUAAACCUCCAGCCUGGUACCACGGCAUCCUCACCUGGGACGACUUCCACCUGGUCAACCCGCACAGGGCGAGCUUCCUGAAGGAGGUCAAGGAGCUGGCGGUGAAGAGGAGGCAGAUUCUGGCCAGUAAGAGUCUGUCGGAGGACGAGAAGAACACCAGACUGCAGGACCUGAUGCUGAGGAACCCGCUGGGCUCUGGACCUCCCCUCAGCAUCGAGGACCUCGGGUUGAAUUUCCAGUUUUGUCCGUCCUCUAAAGUUCACGGUUUCUCUGCCGUGGAUCUGAAACCAAACGGAGACGACGAGAUGGUGACGAUGGAGAACGCAGAGGAGUACGUGGAGCUGAUGUUUGACUUCUGUAUGCACACCGGCAUCCAGAAACAGAUGGAGGCCUUCAGAGAGGGAUUUAAUCGAGUGUUCCCGAUGGAGAAGUUGAGUUCCUUCAGUCAUAAAGAAGUCCAGAUGAUCCUCUGCGGCAACCAAUCACCUUCCUGGACUGCUGAUGACAUCAUCAACUACACUGAACCAAAGCUGGGUUACACCAGAGACAGCCCUGGCUUCCUGCGCUUCGUCAGAGUUUUAUGCGGCAUGUCUUCAGACGAGAGGAAAGCUUUCCUUCAGUUCACCACCGGCUGCUCCACGCUGCCCCCCGGAGGCCUCGCCAACCUGCACCCCCGCCUCACCAUCGUCAGGAAGGUGGAUGCCACAGACUCCUCCUACCCUUCAGUGAACACCUGCGUCCACUACCUGAAGCUCCCUGAAUAUUCCUCCGAGGACAUCAUGAGGGAGCGUCUGCUGGCCGCCACCAUGGAGAAAGGAUUCCACCUUAACUGACACUGAGCAUGCUCCGUAACCACGGCUACCGUCGCCGUCACCGCCGCCGCAGCAGCAGCGUGAUUGACAGGAAUCAGCCGGCCAAUCAGAAACCAGCUGACUGACGGACCGACUGACCGGCUGCUGCUGGAGGAAGAAGAAGAGGAGGAAGAAGAGGAGGAUUUAUGUUGCAGAAAUAAAAAAGUUUAAGAAAAGCUAACCCCCCCCUUUGCCCCCCUUCCUCCUUUUAUCAUCUUCAUCAUCAGCAGCAUCAUCUUCCUCACACUCACCCCCCCCCUUUUACAUGGCUGCUGCUGCUUUCCUGUUUACUGUCAGACGCUGCUGUGUGUGUGUGUGUGUGUGAGACCUUCCUCCUCCUCAUCUUCCUCACGUCUGUCCUCAGUUCUUCUUCUUCUGCUUCUGUUUUCUCCUCCUCUUCCUCCUCUUCCUCCUCCUUCAGCACACAAUCAUGCUCCUCCUCCUCCCUCCCUCCCUCCUCCUCCUCUUUUUAUUUUCUUUUAUUGCUUUUUUCGUGUGUGUGAGACUUGUUUUUUUUUUGUUUUUUUCGGGUUGUUUCUGACCUGAUUGGCAGUCAGAGUUCAAAGGUCAGAGUGCUUUUUUUUUUUUUUUGGUGUUUCUUUUACGAUGAAGCUAUAGAGACAAAAAUAAAAAACAAACACUGGCUGUGCGAGCGAGGCGCAUCUGAAGAGAGAAAACAAACAGAAGAAAAAAAAGAGGAAAGUAAAGAAGCAGCUCUGCUCUCCCUCCGUGUAUUUUCUUUGUAUAUUAUAAACAUUUAUUUAACUCAAGUUGCAGUUUGAGGUAAACAGAUAUUUUCAAAAUGUGUAUGCUCCAAAAAAAUAAUCAUUAAAAUGUUUGCAAAGUAUGAAGUUAAAAAAAAAAAACAAUAUACUGAGUCCUGUGGU